AUGUCGGACCUGCCAUCCGACUUCGCCAAUGAACUGUCUGCCCUGACUCGCGAGUACCUGAGAUCCCUGCCGACAGACCAUCUCCAGUUCUGCGCCAAUUACUUCCAGAAACGUCUCCAGUCUCAGCGUGCCGAGUUUGUGCUCGCACAGCAACUUUCUUCCACAAACGCCGGCGCCAUGGCCACAACAAAUUUCCCCGGCAGCAAUCCUUUCGGUUCUUCUCCCAGUAAUACCGCCAUGCACGCCCUUCAGGAAGAGGACGAGACCGACCAGAUGACCUCUCCCACCGCCUCCUUUCCUUCAAACUAUAACCUCAAUCGCCGCACAUCCGUCUCCGCUGAGUCUCUCAAUCCUACAUCCGCUCAGAAUGACAACUGGGCGCCACCCUUCCAUCAAAAGACGGCAGAUCAGUGGUCUCGACUGAAGACGGCCGUGUCGGGCAACUUCCUCUUCGCGCCCCUCGACGACGAUCAGUCUACCGCCGUGCUGGGCGCGCUGCAAGAGAAGCCGAUCCCGGCCAAGGACAUCAAGGUUAUAUCGCAAGGUGAUGUUGGUGAUUUCUUCUACGUUGUCGAGAACGGCUCCUUUGACAUUUACGUCAAUCCGUCUGGCAAGAUAGCGUCGGGACCAGACGGGCUUGGAAGCAAGGUUGGCAAUGUCGGUCCGGGUGGCUCUUUUGGAGAACUCGCAUUGAUGUACAACGCUCCACGCGCUGCCACGGUCGUAUCGACCGAGCGUUCCACCUUGUGGGCGCUCGAUCGCGUCACCUUCCGCCGCAUCCUCAUGGACAGCGCAUUCCAGAGACGACGCAUGUACGAGGGCUUCCUCGAGGAGGUCCCGCUGCUGACCUCGCUCACGCCAUACGAACGCUCGAAGAUUGCCGACGCCCUCGAAACCCGCCGCUACCCGGCCGGCACCACCAUCAUCAAGGAAGGCGAUGUUGGCGAGGCCUUCUUCAUCCUCGAAAGCGGCGAUGCAGAGGUCUUCAAGCGUGGCACCGAACAGCCCGUCAACCGAUACAAGAAGGGCGACUACUUUGGAGAGCUUGCCCUCCUCAACGACAAGCCCCGCGCGGCAAGCGUUGUCAGCAAGACGGAGGUCAAGGUGGCCACGCUGGGCAAGGACGGAUUCCAGCGGCUGCUGGGUCCGGUAGAGGGCAUCAUGCGCCGCAAUGAUCCCUCCAAGGCUUCUGUAGAGAGCGUGGAUCCUCUGGCGUCGUGA